AUGAAAAGCUACCAUUGUGAAAGAUGCAACAGUACACAAUCGUCGGAAGAGGAAAGAUACGCAACAAUGGACGAGUGUCAACAUUGUACAAGUGAAUUUAUUCGAGAACAAUUUGAUAAAUGGACUUCUGGGAAUGAAAAGAUUGACCGCGAAAUCCAAGAAGCACAAUUGAACUCUCCCGUUGUUCCUUUAUCUUUGGGAGAUUCUCCCCGUAUAAUAGAGUGGAUUCCGUUUGAAGAUUUAUUAGAUGUAAAACCGAUAAAUACUAUUGGCAAAGGUGACGUAACGAUUUAUAAAGCGGUGUUGGCGAAAGGAUUCGCUCAAUCCUUUGAUUAUGACAAGCGAACUAUUUUACGAGCGCCUCAAACACGGGUGGUGUUAAGGCAUUUAGUGAAAUCCGAGCAAAUUAAUGAAGAAUUUUUACAAGAGUUAAAAGAACAUUUGCUACUUCAAUCUCGACGAUUUGACAUAGUUGACGAAUUAGGCAUUACAAAAAACUCACAAACUGGAGACUACUUCCUAGUUGAACACGAGAUGAAACAAAACCUCAAGGAAUACAUGAUAGAAAACUAUUCCACCAUAACAUGGACAGAAAUCUACGAUGUAUUCACUAAUCUCUCGCGAACACUCCAUGAAAUUCACCAUUCGGGAAUAACACAUCGAAACAUACACUGGGGAAAUGUAUUAUUACGAGAAUACGACAAUGCCUGGGUGUUUUCCAAUCCUGGUUCGGCCUCGUUGGCUAACGACAAUACUCAAGCAAAUAAAUUGUCGGUGUAUGGGAAGUUACCGUUCAUGGCUCCAGAAAUUCUUAAAGAAAACGCAUACUCUGCCAAAUCUGACAUAUAUGCUUUUGGGAUGUUGAUGUAUAUGGUGAUGACGGUUGGUUCCUUUAUCGGUUACGCGGAUAAUGUGUUUGAUUUAAUCUAUAGAAUAUGUAAUGGCAAGUGGCCAAUGUUUCCAUCUGCGACGACGUCAGCGCAAAAAAGAUACCUUGAUUUAGUUGAAAGAUGCUUAAAGACGGAUCCUGCGAAACGACCGGAUGCACGUGAAUUGAUGGAGUUUUUCUAUAGAGAAAAUAAAACUCAAGAACCAAAACAUAAAUUGUUGUUUUUUGAAAAUUUAGUCCCUGCUGAAACUCCGAGGAAAAAUAACGACUAUAGUGUUAGCAAAUAUUAUUCUGUUGAUGAUAUUCGUAACCAUUUAAACAAAAGGCAACAAGAUGAUGAAAAGGAAUUCACUAAACAUCAGUCUCACCACCCAAAAUUUCCGUCGUCUGAUUUCAAUUCAUCCACUCUUUUUUCGGAAUCGAUCAAUGACACGACGACAACUGAAACGGGUGACGAUAUACAAAACUUUGAGAUUUUGUUGAAUGAAAAGUUUCAACUUGAUAGUGGUAUAGACGACAUUGGUGGUGGUAGUGAUUCAUCAUUUUUUGCACCAGGGUUCAGGUCGUCUUAUCAGAAAAGUAAUAAUAUUAAUAACGAGAGUAACAAGUAUACUACAGAUAAAGAGCAUACUACAUAUAAAGAACAACUACGACCUUCUGAUAAUAUGCAAGCAAAAGAAUACAAUAACAGGAAUACGCGAAGUAAUGAAUCAGACCCAUUAUCGCCGUCGUCAACGACAUGGUAUCAAAAGAUAUUUCGAUCCUUGUUUUUUUGUGUAAAGGACGAGCAGUAG